GCCUGGGGGGUAGCAUCGGUUCCCUCCUACCCCUGGACACCAAGCCCCUGCUGCGCUUGCCAGAGGAGAACCAGAGCUGCCCUGGCUGUGGCCUUGAGGCAGGAAAUGAUACUGUCUGCACCAGGACAGGUGCUCAGCCUCGGCUUGGGGAUGGGGCCCGGCGGUUUCUAACCCAUCAUAAUUAAUAGAGCUGGUGACAGUUCUGAUAACUGAGCUGCUUAGAUUAGCCACAGGAUCACGUUCUGGGCCUGUGAUUUAUCCCCCGUGGUGGCCCUUGGCAGUGAGAUCAAGCUUGUUGCCGAGAGUCAAAGAUCAACCCGACGAGGGGGGAAAUUCAAGUUCAAGAAGUUGAAGUUUGGAGGGAAGCAACCCACUGGUGGCCUCACCCUGUGCCCGCGGCACCCGGAGCCAGAGUGGUCCCCGAGGAUGGAGCAGUUCCCACGUGCAGGGAGCUUUUGAUCUGGGGUCACAGCGGUGAGGGAGCCAGUUCUAGUUCACAGAAGCAGGAACAAGCCCGAGGGGCUCAGACGCCAGGCCCUUGUGGCUCUGGUAGAUGGUGGGUCUGGUUUGAAUCCAGGUUGACUGGACUCCAGAGCCGCGGGUUCCGCCCAGACGCCCUGAUGCCUUACUCAACCUUAAUCUUCUUCGGUGACUCAGUAGCCCAAACCCUAAGUCUUUGGAGUUUCUUAAAUUGUUCUCACCAACAUCCAGGAGGGGGGCUCCGCUCCCCGGAUCCUGCCCCGCGAAAGGUCUGUCUGUGGCCCCGGUCUCUCAGUCACCUUCUCUUUCCUUGUCCUGGCUCCAUUCUCCGGCCCCCUGAUGAGAGCUGAGUCAGAGCGACUUCCCUGCUUCCCCUCUGCUCCCAGUGCCUCCCAUGGGGGCCCCCCUCAGCCCCAUCCGUUCGUUGGUCACUCCCAUUAGUCCUCUCCGCCCCCCUUGUGGGGCGGGGAGCCCAGAGGCUGGGGGAGGGGGUGGACUUUUGGCCCGUUCCGUUGCUUCCCUCCAUCUCCGCGUCAACAGCUGCCCGGCGCUCUGGGCUCAUUCCUCUGCCCGGACCUUCGGGGAAGCAGGAACCCAGAGGGAGGGCAGGGGGCAGAAGCUGGGGGAGUGGGGGCAGAUCUGCACCCCAGGUUGCUGCUGGCCCCCCCUGCUCUCUCCACCUUUCUCUCCAGCCUGCCUUAACACCUCUCCUUAGCCAAAGCCCCUCAAGUUCCCUUGGGGCUCAGCCCCUCCCCUCUUCUGGGGCCCCAGGCGCCCCUCAGGGCCCUGCAUCUCACCAUGUCGGUGGCCGUGGAGAUCUUCGGCUUCUUCAUGGCGGCCCUGGGGCUGCUGAUGCUGGGGGUGACCCUGCCACACAGCUACUGGCGAGUGUCCACCGUGCACGGGAGCGUCAUCACCACCAACACCAUCUUCGAGAACCUCUGGUUUAGCUGUGCCACCGACUCCCUGGGAGUCUACAGCUGCCGGGAGUUCCCGUCCUUGCUGGCCCUCUCCGGGUACCUCCAGGCCUGCCGGGCGCUCAUGAUCACCGCCAUCUUCCUGGGCUUCCUGGGCCUCUUCCUAGGCAUGGCGGGGCUGCGCUGCAUAAACAUCGGGAGCAUGGAGCUCUCCAGGAAGGCCAGGCUGGCCGCCGUCGCAGGGGCCCUGCACAUACUGGCUGGUUUCUGCGGGAUGGUGGCCAUCUCCUGGUACGCCUUCAACAUCACCCAGGAAUUCUUCGACCCCUUGUAUCCCGGGACCAAGUACGAGCUGGGCCCCGCCCUCUACCUGGGCUGGAGCGCUUCCCUGCUCGCCAUCCUGGGCGGCGUCUGCCUCGGCUCCACCUGCUGCCGCACUCCCGACGCGGCCCCGGCCCCCAGGCUCCCCUACGAGGCCUCCGCGGUGCGGUCCCCCGGCCUCGCCGCCCCCCUGCACCCCGCGGUCUCGGACGAAGAAGGCGACAGCAGCUUUGGCAAAUACGGGAAGAACGCUUACGUGUAGGAGGCCCGUGGACCCCGUGCCCCUGCCUCUGCCCCCAGCGGCCGGAGGUCCCGCCAACACCCGGCUGCAGGCCACGCCCCGACUCCGCCCCGUGCCCCCGAGCCACGCCCGGCUCUGACCGCGCCUCCUUCGUCUGACCGAUUACCUGCCUCCUGAGAGAAUUCACCUCGGACUCCUGAGGCAGGACCUUCUGGGGCUGGGCUCUGGUUGGUUAAGGGAGCAGAGAGGACCCCGACUGUUUGUAUUCUGUAUGAUCUAUGCAGAAAUAAAUUUGUACUGUGAACUGUU